AUGAUGACGCUACUUCUCCCUUUGCUUCACCCCCAACCAAGGGACCUCAUCCAUUUGCUGGAUAUCCUUGAGGCGCGCCCCGACGUCGACGCGGCGCGCAUUGGGAUGGGCGGCAUCUCCCUGGGCGGCAUGCUGACCUGGCUGGUGGCGGCGGCGGACGACCGGGUGUCCGUCUCAGCCCCCUGCCUGGGCGUGCAGAACUGGGGCUGGGCGGUUCGAAACGACAGCUGGCAGGCGCGGCUGGGGUCGAUCCCCCUGGUGGGGGCGGCGGCGGCGGCGGAUAUGGGGAAGCUGCGUCCAGACGCUGAGGUCGCGGAGGCGCUCUGGAGGAAGCUUCUGCCCGGCCUGCUGGACUCCUACGACACGCCGCUGAGCCUGCCCUGCGUCGCGCCGCGCCCCCUCGCCGCCAUCAACGGGGCCCUCGACGCCCGCUGCCCGCUCCCGGGCCUGCGUGAGGCGCUCGCCGCGGCGCACGGCGCGUACGGCGCCGCGGGGGCGGAGGCGGGGGCGCUGCAGCUGCGGGUGGAGGAGGGGGUCGGGCACGUGUACACGCCAGCGAUGGCGGCCGCGGCCGCUGAGUUCUUUGCUGAGUGGCUUUGA